AUGAGAAACACAUUCACCCUAGCCGCUGUGGCCCUGGCUGGCUAUGCCGCUGCCCAAACCUCAACCUCCUGUGAUCCGCUCAACGCUACAUGUGCCGCGGAUCCUGCCCUUGGCACCGAGCAUACAUGGUGGUUCAACUCAACCCUCGACUCCACAAUCUGGAAUAUGACCGAUGGCUCGCUCACCUAUACCGACGAAGGAGCUGAAUUCAGCCUCGAUACCAAUGGAUCCUCUUUGACACUACAAUCCAACUUUUAUAUCUUCUUCGGCGUCGUCGAAUCAUGGGUCAAGAUGGCCAAGGGUGCAGGUAUUAUCAGCAGUGUCGUUCUCGAAUCUGACGACCUUGACGAAAUCGAUUGGGAAUGGAUUGGAUAUAAUACAUCGGAGGUGUCGACCGACUUCUUCGGCAAGGGUAACACCACAUCAUACGAUCGCGGUACCACUGCGUAUGUGGAGAAUGCCGACACCGAGUUCCACAACUACACAACCUACUGGAAUCACGAUAAACUGGAGUGGUACGUCGAUGGAACUUUGAUUCGUACACUCCACUACAACGAUUCCUUGGCUCUUGGGGGCAAAAAUUACCCUCAGACUCCAUGCCAGGUCAAGAUUGGUAUUUGGCCUUCCGGUGAGGAGUCCGAGUCGUUAGGUACCAUUGAAUGGGGUGGUGGUCUGGUAAAUUGGACCAACGCUCCCUUCACCAUGACCGUCCAGAAGGUUCGCGUGCAGGAUUUCCACACCGGCAAGGAGUACAAGUACGGCAAUCACUCUGGUGACUGGCAAAGUAUUGAGGUGAUCUCGGGUAACUCUACCACUGUCACCGAAUUGAACAAGAAACCCAAGGAGACACUCGCAGAGAAAUGGGCCGACCUCGGCACAGGAGCCCACAUCGGAGUCUACGUUGGAGCCGGUGUUGUCGGUGCAGCCAUCGUCGGUGCAUUCGUAUGGUGGUGCAUGCGUCAACGCCGCAAGGGCCGUCUCGAACACGCCCUGGAUGAUACCAAAUAUGCCGACCAGCGCACCGAAAUGUUAGAUCACCAAAAUAACUGGAGACAAAGCGAAUGGAGAAACAGUGGCUACAAGCAAGUCAGCUAA